CCGGAAGGACUUGGUUGUGGUCGUCAACGUCAUACUCUCCUUCUCGACGAUAUCAGCGCUCUCACUUCGCUUUGCCAAAGUCACAGGAAAUGCAAAGCAAAGAAAGUUCGAUGCGCAGAACAUCAUGAUCUGCUUGGCGNGUUCUGCGGAAUCAUGAUGUCUCUACUGCAAUGUAUCGCGACAAAGUAUGGUCUUGGUAGCCAUGACUGGGAAGCCAACUCAUCUGACCAAGUCAAAUUCUACAAGGUGGNNCUGUAUAUCUCGAUCUUCGUCUUCUACUUGGCCUGCAACAUGUUCGUCAAGUUUGCUCUUCUGUUCUUCUACCGCCACACAACAUAUGAGCGUUGGCACCACUGGACAAUCUGGUUCAUGGAGUUCAUUGCUUUUGCUUUUGGAGUCAGCAGCAUCUUGGUCAUCAUCUUCCAGUGUGUUCCAAUCGCACAUCUCUGGGACAAAAACACUCCUGGAACUUGCAUCAACGUCAAAGCUUUCUUCUACUCUAACUCGAUCAUCAUGAUUGUGAACGACAUCAUUCUCUAUGUUCUCCCUAUCAUCUUCACAUGGAAGCUUCAACUUCGCCUUACCCAAAGAAUUGUUCUUAACCUUCUUUUCGCCUUGGGUGCAUUUUUCAUCCGUCUGUACGUCGUUUACCGCUACGAUCAAGAGGGCGAUCUCUCAUGGAACAUCGCCUCUUGCCUCAUCUGGUCCUCGGUGGAGAACCAUCUCGCCGUCUUUAUUGCAUGCUCGCCUUCCAUCAAGGCAGUCGUCAGCGGUGUGCUGUAUCCUCUCGUCUCAUCGCAAGUUUCAUCGUUCAAGGACAAGAUCAAGAGGUCGAGGGGUAGCGAAGGCGGCAGCUUGCCAACGCACAAGUCCCCUUCACUCACCCUGGCGACCAUCGGCUCACGCCCAAGCCGUUUCGCGCAAAAGGUCAGAGAUCCUUUCGCCAGUAACGCCCGUAGGGAUAGCUUUAAUACCCUGGACUCAGGUUUCGAGUGCGUCAACCGCGGACAACAUGAAAUGGACCCCAUUGAACGAGCACACUCCGAGGCAACUCUGAGCUCGGCGGUCUACCGAAAGGACUCAGAGGCAUCGACUUCCUCGAAGGAGCCUCAAGUACAAGUCUAUACCAUCGACGACGACAUCAGUCCUACUACUUCUCGAUUCCCCCAUCCGACGCUGGAUUCGUCGAAGCUUCGUAGCCAUCAA